AUGAAAGUCCAUAAAACAUUCGAGGAACAUCCCCCGAAUUCACCGGGAAUCGUGAAGGACAUAGUUGAAGCCAAGUUCAACUUCAUUGGCGGGAAGAUUCCGGACUUGUUGUCCAAGUUUAUUACACUAUUGGGUAAUGAGAAGGAGGAAUGGGGUGGAGUGGCAGCCAUGAAAGCGUGUAUGAAUGCGUUUUUUAGUUGGAAAAACGGAGAUCCAAAGCAAAAGGAUAAAGUUCCUAUCGUUAAAGACUUGGAGGAAUUUUUGUUUUCUACCAAUUGUUAUGUCCAGCUUGUUAUCCAAGGGCACCCAGACCGUCCAAGCACGAGCAUGGCCGUUAUUCAAGGUGCUUUUGAUCCGCCUGCCAUUCCAAAAACUGUGAAGGGGCCAAACUGUCCAAGCACGAUCAAGGCGACUACUCCAAAGGGCGUUUGUCCGCCUAUGAAUCCUAAAACAUUGAAGGGGACAGAUCGUCCAAGCACUAGCAUGGCGGUUAAUCAAGAUGUCGUUAAUAACACUCAUGUUCCGCCUGCGAGUCCGAAAACAUUGAAGGUAAAAAUUUAUAUGGGAACUGGGUGGAACAAUAAAGACUUUCGAAAGCUGAGUUCUCCUCCAUCUCUCUAUGUGAAGCUGAUUUUGGUUCAUGGACUCAUGAAACAGCUCAAAAUAGAUGGUGGCGAGAGCCACCAGACAAAAGUCCAUACAAAAACUGUGACACCCUGUUGGGGAGAGGAGUUUGUGUUCCCCUUAUCCCGUCCAAGAGAUGUCAAUCUUAUUGUUGAAGUUUAUGACCAUAGAUCAAAACAAUUUGCUGGUAAGAUUGGUCUAUUGGUGUCUGAGCGAAAACAAGGAAUACACACAAUUCUUCUAUCUAAUCAAGAUGGGAAUCCAUGCACCUCACGGCUGGUCGUGCGUCUCAUGUUUGAUUGA